GUGGGGUGCCUCCCCGUCGCUGCCCUGGUGCUGGCAAGCUGCCUGGUGGGCUGGUGCCCUGCCGCAUUUUCACUGGCGGCAACACUGAGUGGCCACUGGCGGCACGGCAGCAUUUGCAUCCAAGUGCCCAGAAGUCGCGGUUGAGCAAUGACAUUAUACCGGACGAGGUAGACCACCCACAUCACGCUGCCGCAUCACAACUGUUGCAGCCAUGCUGAAUCGCUUCCGGCCAGCGCGGCUAGUAGCCCAAUCCUCCAGAUGCUCGCCCUUGACGAGGGCGCGGGCAGGUCCCUUGCCUGUUAGCACUUUGGCAAUUAGGACUUUGGCUACGAGAGCCGCCGCUGUCAACACCAAGGAACCGACCGAACGCGACAACAUCACCACUCUCUCCAAUGGCGUCCGUGUCGCUUCCGAGGACCUUCCCGAUGCCUUCUCCGGCGUGGGUGUCUACAUCGAUGCGGGGUCCCGAUACGAGAACGACUAUGUUCGGGGUGCCAGUCACAUCAUGGACCGGUUAGCCUUCAAGUCCACAAGUACGAGGACUGCCGACGAGAUGCUCGAGACGGUUGAGAAGCUCGGCGGUAACAUUCAGUGCGCCUCGUCGCGCGAGUCCAUGAUGUACCAGGCGGCUACCUUCAACAAGGCUAUUCCCACCGCGGUUGAGCUCAUGGCCGACACCAUCCGCGAUCCCAAGCUUACGGACGAGGAGCUUGAGGGACAGAUCAUGACGGCGCAAUAUGAGGUCAACGAGAUUUGGUCCAAGGCCGAACUGAUUCUGCCCGAGCUGGUGCAUAUGGCUGCCUUCAAGGACAACACUCUCGGCAACCCGUUGCUUUGCCCCAAGGAGAGGUUAGAUUACAUCAACAGGGAUGUCAUCCAAACUUACCGCGACGCUUUCUACAGACCCGAUCGCAUUGUCGUUGCCUUUGCUGGUGUUCCUCAUGAGAAGGCCGUCAAGCUCGCCGAGAAGUAUUUCGGUGAUAUGAAGGCCUCUGAUGCUCUCUCGAGGACAGGUUCCGAAACCUCUCUCGACUCGCUAGCGUCCGAGUCCAGCGAGGCCUCGAGUGAAUCUUCAUCCCCUCCGGACUCUUCCGAGUCGAGCGGUGGGCUGCUCUCCAAGCUUUUCUCUCCCAAGGCCAAGAAGGCCACCCCCAACCCCUUCCUCACCCGGGUACCUAUCAGCACCGAGGACUUGACCCGACCCGCUCACUACACCGGCGGUUUCCUCACCCUCCCACCACAGCCUCCACCGCUCAACCCCAAUCUUCCCACCUUCACCCACAUCCAGCUCGCCUUCGAGGGCCUCGCCAUCUCGGACGACGACAUCUACGCCCUCGCCACUCUGCAGACCCUCCUCGGCGGCGGCGGCUCCUUCUCCGCUGGCGGUCCCGGCAAGGGCAUGUACUCGCGCCUCUACACCAACGUGCUCAACCAGCACGGCUGGGUCGAGUCCUGCGUGGCCUUCAACCACUCGUACACGGAUUCCGGUCUCUUCGGCAUCGCCGCCUCGUGCUACCCCGGCCGCACCCUGCCCAUGCUCCAGGUCAUGUGCCGCGAGCUGCACGCCCUCACGACGGACCACGGGUACUCGGCCCUGGGCGAGAUCGAGGUUUCGCGCGCCAAGAACCAGCUCCGCAGCAGCCUGCUGAUGAACCUCGAGAGCCGCAUGGUCGAGCUCGAGGAUCUGGGCCGCCAGGUCCAGGUCCACGGCCGCAAGAUUCCGGUCCGCGAGAUGACGCGCCGCAUCAACGAGCUGACGGUCAAGGACCUCCGAAGGGUCGCCAAGCGCGUGGUUGGUGGCAUGGUGAAUAAUGCCGGCCAGGGAAGCGGUGCCCCAACGGUGGUGCUGCAGGAGGCGACGGUGCAAGGGCUCAAGACUACGGAGCUGGGAUGGGACCAGAUCCAGGAUACGAUUGCUCAGUGGAAGCUUGGCAGACGGUAAAAGUCUGCUAGGAACUUGAUGACUAAAUAAAAACUGGGCGUGGAGAAGUUUGUAGGAGGAGCAGUCGGUAUUCGGUUAACGAAACGCAUGUCGGAACGAACGAUAAAAGGCGUUUUAGGUAACCAUUGAGCAUCCUGGCGGUGGACUGUGAUAUAGAGGCAAAGAGGCUAGAUGGUUGGUUGUUCUGUACAAUCACAACUCUUUCUUGGUGAGUUGUACGAGAUGCCUGUAUACAAUUUACCAAACAUAUCAAACUGUACUAUAGCAAGAUUUCUGAAUAUAUAAAGUCAAAACUCGU